AUGGCAAGAAAUGUAGGGUUCUUCAUCUGCAUCUUGAUCCUAGCCAUGGAUGUUUCAGCUGGAAUCCUCGGCAUUGAAGCCGAAAUCGCUCAGAACAAGGUGAAGCAUUUGAAGAUGUGGAUAUUCGAGUGUAGAGACCCGAGUUACACAGCCUUCAAGUACGGUUUAGCCGCGUGUGUUCUUCUGGCAUUAGCCCACGUCACGGCUAAUUUGCUUGGUGGGUGUCUCUGUGUUGUCUCAAGACAAGACCUUGAAAAAUCCUCUGCCAACAAACAGCUUGCCGUGGCUUCUCUGAUAUUCUCCUGGAUCAUAUUGGCAAUUGCGUUCUCCAUGUUGAUCGUAGGGACAAUGGCAAACUCAAGAUCGAGGAAAGCUUGUGGCAUUUCGCACCAUCGAGUUCUGUCCAUAGGAGGGAUCCUCUGUUUCAUUCACGGCCUCUUCGCUGUUUCUUAUUAUAUCUCUGCAACUGCUUCAACACGAGAACAGACACACACAGGCCAUGCUUAA